AAAUACCCCAACGACCGCUUCGAACCGGCUUGGUCGAAACGCGAUCCCCCCGGCUGGCGCAUAAAAUGUUCGGAUUGUCAAGGGAUGAUUUAUCAGCUGGGCCCGGGUGAGAGUUUAAUGAAUUUUGAGACGCAUUUGAGGAAUCGGGGACAUAGGGAUAAGGUGGAGCAGAGGUUGGUGAGGGAG